AUGGACGACGGCGGGCCAAGACGAGGAACUUCACGAGGUUCCCAUGUUGUGGCUGAAACCGAGACAGCCACCCGAUUGGCCCACAAGGCCAUGAGCGCCACGGGGAGUCGCUCGAUUCGACCCCUGCACUGGGCCGUUCUCCUGGCGGCGGGCGCCCUCCUCCCGUUAAUCAUCUAUGCCGCGCUGAGUGCUCUCCACAGCGACGACGUCGUUCUCACGGUUCCGAUUACGAGGAAAUCGAUCGCUGACCGUAGUGACUACAUGGGAUUGCAUCUACGGAACGGCAUGAAAGUUCUGCUCUCGUCGAAUCCCGAGACUCCGACCGGAGUCGCGAUGAUCUGUGUGAUGGUCGGGUCGAUGACCGAUCCCGAAGAGAUCCAGGGGCUCGCGCACUUCACCGAGCACAUGCUCUUCAUGGGCAGCAAGAAAUACCCCUCGGAAGGCGCGCUGAAAACGUUCGUGUACGGACACGGUGGAAACUACAACGGCUUUACCAAAGACGACUCGACGUGCUAUUAUUUCUCCGUGGAGGCGGAUUACCUCGAGGGAGCCGUUGAGAUCCUCAGUGAUAUGUUCAAGCAACCGUUGAUUCAACAGUCCUCGUCGAAACGUGAAGUUCAUGCAGUGGACACGGAGUACCGCCGAGGAUUGAAAACCGACUAUUGGAGAAAUCUCCAAAUCGAUAAGUUGACUUCGGAUCAGACCCAUGACUACCAUAAGUUCAGUGUAGGAAAUCAGAAAACGCUCGACGAAGGAGCAACGAAAAUGAACUCGACCCUGGCACGGGAGGCGACCAAAUUCUUCCACAAGUACUAUUCGGCCGGAAUCAUGAAUCUCGGCUUGCACGGUAAACAGCCUCUGAGUGAACUCAAACGGAUGGCUGUCAGCAACUUCGCCGACGUUCAGGACAAGGGCAUACCUCCUGCCAACUGGGACUACCAUCCGUUCAAGCGGAGCAACCGUAAACUCAUCAAGAGAAUGUCCGACACCGAAGGCCAUUCGCUGAGUCUCUCGUUCCCCAUGCAUGACAUAAGUAAACAGCUUUACCCUCUUAAAACACUCCUCGAGCACAAGGACAAGGGCGGUCUUCACCGGUACCUAAUCACCAAAGGAUGGAUGCGCAGCAGUUCUUCACAGACGAAGUGCAUCCGAGGUUUCUGCAUUUUCACCACGUCGUUCGAUCUCACGGAUAGCGGUUUCAAUCACUGGCAGGAUGUUGUGAGUCAUUUUUUCUCGUACAUUAAUUUCCUCAAAACUCACCCCCUACCCGAUCACUACCUGCAAGAGUUGGACGAGAUCCUCAAGAUCGAUUACCGGUUCACGUCGUCCUUCUCUCUCAUCACGCAAGUGCAAGUUAUGGAGAAAUACAAUCUUUCGGAUCUGGCCUCCGCCCCGUACCUCCUAUUGGAUUACGAACCCCACUGGAUCGACGAAAUCCUACACAAGCUGAAUCCCAAUAAUAUGCGUCUGAUGAUUUCGUCGGCGCGCUUCAACGGCUCGACUGAUAGGUUGGAACCACUGUACAGCACUGAGUUCUCGAUCGAAGACCUGUCCCAGAGCAGCUUGGACGAUUGGAAAACGUCGACUGAGGGCCAGAACGGCUAUUUCUACCCGCCGAAAAACAAUUGGAUCCCUCACAACUUCAGCAUCCACGAAAAAGACGAAGACUGGCACGCGGUGCCGAAGCUGCUCGUUGACGACGACCGGGUGCGCUUGUGGUAUUUCCAGGACACGUCGUUCAACUCGCCGCGAUCGAAAGCCGAAAUCUAUCUCCGAACGAAUGCUAUCCGUGAAGAUCGAAGCCGCAUGGGUGUGUCCUUGGUUGAGGACUGUUUCAAGAGAAGUAUCGAGGAAGAGGCCUACGGACCCGCUAUCGGUGGUCUGACAGCCUACUUCCAGAGCGACAUCGGAGGAUUCCGAAUCACAGUUCAGGGGUACAACGAGAGACUCCCUGAGUUGGCGAACCUCGUGCUCAAGAAUUUCAUGACUUUCCAACUGACCGAAGAGUGUUUCACGCUAUCGAAGAAAUCCUGGCUAAAGAACCUCAAGGAGUCGGAGCGUUCUAGCUCGAGCCUCCACAGUUUCAUCCGGGGUCGUCUGAUCUACCACGAGUUGAGCCGUCGGUGGCGCGAGCGUGAAACCGCCAUGAUCCGAUGUACUCUGCCCGAGGCUCGGGACCUUUUGAAUCGGAUCCGGCGGAAACUGGCAGCCGAAGUUUACGUGUAUGGCAACAUUGUCCAAAGCGAUGCUUACAGUGUCCUCAAUGCAACCAAAGAGCUUCUAAGCGUGAGCGAAGCCCGUCUGGACGAUCUCAAAUCCCUAGCAGAGCACUCCAUGAAGCGAGGCACCAUUAAUCGUCUGAGGGAGCACUUCGAUGAGCAAACAUUAAAUUCAGUCUACGUCUACUACGAGAUUGGACGUCGCGAACAGACAAGAAAUUUAGUUCUGACAGAACUAUUCGUCAACGCCAUCGCUGCAGAAACCUCGAACGUUCUGAGAGGACGCCAACAGUUGGGAUACUCGGUUGGCGUCGUUCACGAGCGGCGCAGCAAAACUCACGGUGUCGCGGUUUACGUCGAGUCGGGUUCCAACACGAGUUUCGUGGAAAGUCGGAUUCAGGAUUUCGUAAAACGACACGUUACGACUUUCCUCACAGACAUGAGUGAAGAGACCUUCCAGCAACAUCUCACCGCUCUUGUGACAAAGAAGAGAACCAAGCCAAAAAAUGUCUACGAGUCUGGCGACCGGUUCACCGCAGAAAUCAUCGACGGAAAUCUGCUCUUCAACCGAACGGAGAUCGAAGCUAUCAGCGCCGAAGUUCUGACGAAAGCCGACCUCAUCACGCUCCAUCGAAGAUACAUGCUCAACCCGACCUCGUCAAAGGCGCUAAUAACGCUCAUCGAAAGCGGUCCCGAGCGAGAAGGAGAUGGCAAAGUCGAAACGGUCCGUUACGACGGCUCGCGUACGACGUUCGACACCAUCGAAGAUUACAAGAAGACUCUGCCGCUAAUUGAGUGGUAA